GGUGCUGUGUGUGAGCUUACCGACUCUUGUUGGUUUGCAUUGCACAAUUAUUUUUAUUUUGCUGAUUCAUUCGGCUGGAAGUAUUCGUACUACGCGAGCCUACUGACUGUUGUUGGUUUCCGUUGCAUUUUAAUUUUUGUUUUGCCAAUUUCUUUGGCUGGGGUUUUUAUUUGCGUAUUUUUCACGCUGGGAAAUUGUGACCGACAAAUAGAGAAAUAGAUAAACAGAUAAGCAGACAUACAUUGGGCGUUUAUAUUGUUCAACAACAAUUGGUUUAUCGAACUUUGGUUUUGGAUGUUAUUUGAUUUUCUCGAGAAGUUUUGUGCAGUUGAAGAAGUGGUUCAAUUGGGUUGGUGAUGCAACAGAUGAGAUUGAAUUUUGACACAAGAUUUUCACCUUGCGUCGAAAAAUGUAUGAGAAUUUUAUUUCACCGGCUGGGUUGCAUACUCGACGUUAUUUUAAAAAUAUUUCUCCCGCUUCGUACAUCGAAACAUGAUAUGCAGCGCCACAUCGCGACUAUUUCGGAUACUUCGUAGAAAAUCGCAAAAAUGACAGUCGAAAUCAGCUGUGUUGUAGAGAAUUUUUUUUUUUGUUUUGGUCGUCUCAAGUUUUGAGCGUCUCCAAGUAUUUGUUUCCUAUUCGCCCGAAAAUUCCCGCAUACCCGUAAUAUCCCAUCGGCAUUGUUGCUGAUAAAUGUAUCGGAGCCUGAGUGCAACGAAAACAAACCAUGGAGAUUGACGUAAAUCGAUCGUGUCGAUCCUGCCUGUGUGAAGACGAUGCUAUCCAUCCAAUUGGAAAAGCAGCCAAAAGUUUUGGACCCGUGGCAAAGGAUUCGUACAUGUGGAAUAUGUCGUUGGCUGAAGUGAUUAUGGCAUGCACCGUGGUUAAUAUAUCACCGGACGAUGGGCUACCACAGUCGGUGUGUACGCAAUGCUUGCAUCAAGUUCAGCAAGCCUUCCAAUUUAAAGAAAAGUGCGAGGCGGCUGAUGCGAAGCUACGUCACCAUUCAAUCAACAAAUCGGACGACCCGAUUUCUUUCAUGCCGAUCAAAACCGAAUCCUUUGACAUGGAACGAAUGUUUCAUCCGGAAACGGUACUCGUCACCGAAUUCCAGAUGGAUACGUCCGACGAUGAGUCACAGACGUCGACGACUGUUGCAAACAUUGACGACGAUCGGCUGGUUAUCAAACGUGAAACGAACAAGAAACAACACAGCAACGAUUCAGCAGCAACGAAGAGCAAGAAACGGCAGAGCAAUCUGUCGAUGAAAAGACGUUGUUGGAAGAGGCCGAAAUUCGCGACGACGGACGUUAUCAAUGUAAAUUUUGUGCGAAAACACUGGCCGAUCGACAGACAUUUCGACUGCACAUUCGGCUAAACACGGGCACCAACUUGACACGUUGCUCGAUUUGUGAUCGUGGAUUCGCCAAGAAGAAUCACUUGGAGCGACAUUUGGCCACCCAUGACAAGACGCACAAGUGUACAUUCUGUACGAGAGCGUAUCUGACGGCCAACGAGUGCCAGCAGCAUGAAAAAUUGUGUUACAAAACCAAGACCGAAUUAGGCCAAGUGAAGAUCGAAGACAAAUCACACGGAGUAUCAGUGGAAACAGAGGGACAUGACGACGAGUAUGAUCCAGACGACACCAAUGGCAACAACGAACAAGCGGCAAAGCGAACGAAGAAACCCGAAGGCGGCUUGAAUGCGAACGAGAUUCGAGUGAUGGCAGCACCGAUUCCACUCGACGAUGAAGAACAGCUCCUGAUAAAAAGUGCAAAAAUUGUCGACGAUCGCUAUGCAUGCCCUCUGUGUCCGCGAACGUUGGCGCGACGUGAAAUUCUCGUCCUGCAUCUGCGUACCCAUACCGGAAAGAAUUUGCUGCUGUGUCCAGUCUGCGACAAAGGUUUUGCCAAGCCGUACAAUUUGAGCCAUCACAUGAUGCUCCAUGAUGGAAAUGCAAAUGUUCGAAUUGACGAGACCAUUGCUAAAGCCGAACAACCGGACGGUUCGUUUUGCUGUACGUUUUGUUUGAAAUCGUUCGUCGAACGGAAAUCGUUUCGCUUGCAUUUACGAAUGCACACCAGCAACAAGCUCGAACACUGUCCAAUUUGCAAUCAAAGUUUCAUGGACGAGGAUGAGCUUAUGCAGCACAUGCCGGUGCAUGGCGAUAGUUUUCCGUGCAUCGAAUGUGAUCAGGUGUUCAAUACGUUCAAAGAUCGAAAAUACCACACGGAGGCUGUGCACACGGUGAAAAAGGUAAGCUCUGGAACAGGAAAAUUUGCAAGCUCUAAGAGGCCACGCGCAGUGAAAGAGGUAGUGUCUGAUGAGGAACACGACGAUGAAGACGAACAAUUGGUGAACAGUGCCGAGUUGGUUAACGGUCGUUACAAUUGCAAAUUCUGCGAAAAAACUCUGGCCAAUCGAAGCACGUUGAAGCUGCACAUCCGAUUGCAUCUGAAAAAGAAGUUGAAGGUCUGCACGAUCUGUGAUCACGGUUUCUCGAAGAACAGCCACCUGGAUCGGCACAUGAAGACCCACUUUCCGAAGAUACCGGAAUGCAAGAUUUGUCACGCCACGUUCGACUCGUUACAGGAACAGAAGGCACACACAGCGGCCGCACAUCGAGAUGACAUUCAAACGUCGACAAUUCGGAAGGCAAUUGUUCCUUGGACGCAACCCAAUGGCAAAAAGAGCUGCGAAUGUCGCAUCUGCCAUUCGGUCUUCGAUUCGAUUGCAGCUCUUCGAAAGCAUUUAGACUGGCAUGCUGCCACCACUGACUGGAUACAGGAGGUGGACUUGAAAUCGCGUCCGGAAUAUUCUCAAAUGUUCGGUGAAUCGGCGGAUGAUGAGUUAACGAACGAACGUUUAGCCGAAAUGUUGCAGUCGAGAUUGAGAGAAAACUCGACGGACGUGUCGAAAAUGUACCGAAUCACGAACGGCCAAGGCUGGGAAUUAUCGCUAACCGAUUCGGAGACAGAUGAUAAUGACGAUGAGAGCAAUGAACGGAAACGAAUGUUCUACAAUUGCGACGAAUGUCCUCGGCCUCGUAGCUUUGAUCGCUUAUACAAACUGAUGUGUCACAUAAAGGCCGACCAUCCCAACGCUUCGAAGCAAUUUCAAUGCACACAUUGCUUGCAAUGCUUCCCGAACGCAACGAUUCUGGACAAACAUCUGCGGCAACAGUGUCAGAACGAUGGCAAAACGCUACACUGUACAAUGUGCUACAGUCGAUUCACAUGGGCAGACAGUUUAGCCAGCCAUUUCGCUGUCUAUCAUCAAAGUGAGACGAGGCUGCUGGAAUCCAAUCGAAUGCGUCGUCCACAUACAUGCGAUCAGUGUUCAAAGUCAUUUUACACGCAAGAACGAUUGGCUGAACAUCAAUUGCGCCACCUUCCCAGAGACAAGCGAUUCGCGUGCGACAUUUGUGAUAAGCGAUUCAGUCGAUACGACAAUUUGCGAGCUCAUAUGCGUAGCCACAUUCCACCCCAUGAACGAGAAGCUAUUGCUAAGACUCAUCUGUGUUCGUAUUGCGGUGAAGGUUUCGCAAACUCAUCCAAUUUGAAUGUACACAUUCGGAAACACACAGGUGAACGACCAUUCAAGUGUGAUAUUUGUAGCUCCAGAUUUCGGCGGUCGUGCGAUCUGACUUGUCACCGACGCACUCAUACAGGUGAGAAGCCGUACCCGUGCUUGGUGUGCGGUCACAGGUUUUCCCGAUCCAACAAAUUAGUCCGGCACAUGAGGAUCCAUACCGGCGAACGGCCGUACAAGUGCACGGAAUGUGAUCGAGCCUUUACACAGUCGAACGACUUGACCCUGCACAUUCGACGGCAUACCGGUGACAAACCGUUCAGCUGCCUUUGUGGCGAACGAUUCAUCACGAAUAGUCUGCUUCAACAGCAUCGUAGAACUCAUGGACACUGAUUGCCGAUUGGACUGGGUUUUGUAUUUGUUGGAGGAAUUAAUCUCCAAUCUCUCACUCGAAUAAGAUUUGGAAUUUAGGUUUUAAGGAAAUGGAUGAGGAUAGCAUAAGCGUUGUUGAUACUACAACGAUCGUAAGAAUAAACACAAUUUUUGACUCCUGA